AUGAAAUCGUUGAGCUUGUAUUUAUUGCUUGUGCUUACUCAAUUGGUUUCAAUCUUUGCAAAACCUGACAGGAAGUUGCUUUUCAACUUCCAAAAUAAUGCUGCUUGUAUAUUAGUCAAUGAAACUGCGGUAAAUACGAACUUUAAAUUCAAUUUUCAUGGAACGCAACAAGAUGAUCAAGUUCCCAUGAUGAUUUUCAAUUACUUGGAUCUCAAGUUUUUCAAAAACUUGCCCAACUUUGAUACUUUUCUCAAUCAUACUUAUUUGGAUGAGAAAAAGAUUUUGGAAAUUGGAGAUGAUAUUUAUGAUGAUAUCAGUUUCAAACUCAAGACUUUCAGAGGAGCAGCAUUACCCGAAAGUUUGUAUACUACGGUGGUUACUACUGAUAAAGAAUUAGAAUACACCGCUUCUGAACCGGGAGUUUAUUGUGUUUAUUUCCCACUUUAUUCGUACGAUGGAGAUAUCAUUCAUCCAACAAACUAUCACGCGGAGCUUCAAAUUGAUGAUUUCCAAUCGAUUUCUGUAUUUAAUGAUAUAUCAGCUCAUAUCAGUGAAUUUUUGAUGUUUGGUUUAGCACUUGUUCCACUAUACUAUAUAUACCCCGUGCUCCGCACAAAGCAAGUUAAUAAGCUUCCACCAGUAAUUCAGCAGCUCACUCAAUUACUCAUUGUUUUUGUGUGUCUCAAUGUAGCCCAUUUUGUAUUAGAAUUGGCUUAUUUGUUCAUGCCCAAUGACUUUUUACAUGGUUUUAGUGAAGUUUAUUUUGCUUUUUUCAAGCUGAUUUUGUUGGAGAAAUGGCAAAAGUAUAUUGUUGCUUUGGUUUAUUUUGGCUUGGGGUAUGUCAAUUCUCCCGUGAAGUCGCUGAAACUAUUGCUUCAAUGUAUCUUCACAGUGAACAUUAUAUCCACUUGUGUGUUUUAUUACGCAACGGGCAAGUUAUCAUCAGUUACGGAUAUCACAGUUAAUGGUGCCCAGUACCAAGUCGUAUACAAAUCAAUCUUGGUGCCUCGUUUCUACAAGAAAGUUGCAUUGAAUCAGGAUACAGAUUUCACCAAAUUGAUGAUAACUAUAUCCGGUCUUGUUCAAGUAGUUUCAAGUUUUUUGAUGCAGUUGCUUAGUUUUUACUAUGGGUUGAAACUAAGCUGGAAAUUUCGUGGUAGUAAGAAAUUGUCUAAACCUAUUAUAUCUUCAAUCUUGUUCCAUUUGAUUUCGUGGAGUACAUUUGGUAGACAUCUCAUGUACCAAAUUUUCAUUCAAAUUAGGGCGGAAGGUAUUUUCGAUGUUGGCGAGUUGCUUAGCAAUAUGGGUGUAAUGCUUGAGCAUUAUGAAGUCAAAAUAGUAGGGUUUCAACUAGUUGAAAUUUUGAUAUUGUUGUUUAUUUGGACAACCAAGACUCCUUAUGAUGCUUCCGGUGUUGUAGUAGAGAAGGAGAAUGAGAAGAAAAAGAAGGGUGAAAAAGAGAAGACGAAGGAGAAAGAGAAGGUGAAGAAAGAGACGGUUAAAGAAAAGGAAGUAGAUGACAAGGCAGUAGAUGACAAGGCGGUAGAUGACAAGGCGGUAGAUGACAAGGCGGUAGAGAAGAAACCAGUGGAAGAGCAAACAGAACAAAGCAAAGUUGAAAAGAGAAAAAAGACUACAAAAGUUGAAGACGAUUGA